AUGAAGCUUGAUGACGGUAGAAUUAAGUCUCCCUUUGUGCUACUUUACUGGAGACCGCCUACUUGCGAUGCUGAGAGCAAGAUGCUUUACGCUGGGGCUGUAGAAUUGAUGAGAGAGAAAGCUGGUGUUGCACAGUAUGUAUCCUAG